UACCUGUCUGGUUUCCUAGGUGGUCUCCUGCCACAACCUCUGAUGCUACCCAGUGUUCUUCGCAGUGCUCGGCCCAUCUCCGCCCGUCUUGCCUUAAGCCGCCCUCUGGGCCACUUUAAACCUCACAUGGAGCCGGACCCAAGUAGGCCCGUUGCGAAGGCUACCAGAACCAAACUGACCGACACACUUAAACCGGACCACUUAGAGGUCCACAAUGAAAGCCACAUGCAUGCUGUGCCUCCUGGUUCUGAAUCCCAUUUCCGUGUCCUGGUUGUCAGCUCUAUGUUUGAGGGUCUGCCUCUGAUAAAGCGCCAUCGUCUGGUUAAUGAGGCUUUGAAGGAGGAGUUGAGUAGCUGCGUUCAUGCACUGGCUAUCCAGGCCAAGACUCCUGCGCAGUGGGAGAGCAGCCCCACCCUGGCUAAGAGUCCACCUUGCAUGGGAGGCUCGAAUGGAGAUCACACAGUGGAAGAGAAACUUAAGGCUGGGCGAGAGCAAAGUGUUGGAUUAUGAAGCUGUUGGACUGAACUGUGAAGAAUGCAUGUGAAAAGUGGUGUAACUUUAUGUAUGCUUUCUCUGUUUUGUGGGAGUCGUGGAUUCAACACGAAAAUUAGCUUCUAUUGUUUUCUGAUCAAAAUUAAAUGAGACAUUGUAACCAUUAAAUCAGCAUGGCAUAUUUUGCA